CCUCCUCCCUCUGCAACUUGCCAGAGUCUUUUACCUCUUACCAGGACUUUCUUGGGGUCAGUUGGCUUCCUUCUUGCUUAUAUAUUCCCCCUUCCACCCCUUUGUUUCUCUCUCCUCCUGCACUGAAGCAAACCCUCUCUUCUCUCUCCACCGCUAACCAUCAUGCAGCAGAAAGAAAAGCAAGGAGAUGUCAUGUGGCUUAAAUCGGUAGCAAACAAGCUGCUGAGGAAGCCGGUCGGCACCGAUGCGUUGCUCGAGGGUGCGACUUUUGAUGAGUUCAUCAACCCAAAUGAACCCCAGAAAGAUCAGAUAGACACUCGCAAGUACAAACUAUUCGUCAGUACUUGGAAUGUUGGUGGCGUCCUCCCAUCGGAUGAUGUGAACUUGGAGGACUGGUUGGAUGUAAACAACAAGUACUAUGACAUUUAUGUUCUUGGAUUCCAGGAAAUCGUCCCGCUCAAUGUCAAAAAUGUUCUAUGCCCAGAAAGGAGAAGAAUCCUUGCGAGCUGGAACUCACUCAUCGGCAGGACAUUGAACAGGUCCUUAUCUAACCUGAAGGGCCGAAAAGAAGCCAAGGCAGGGGAGAGGCAGAAGGUGCAUCCGGUCAAGGAAGGAAGCUCUGAUGAAGGCUCUUCACCAGAUUUCCGCUGCAUUAUAAGCAAGCGGAUGGUAGGAGUUCAGGUGUCGGUAUGGGUCAGGCAUGACCUCCAGUAUCACAUCCGCCACCCGGGCGUGUCUCGCGUCGGCUGCGGCAUCAUGGGCUGCCUGGGGAACAAGGGUUCAGUUUCUGUCAGAUUUUGGUUGCAUGAAACCAGCUUCUGCUUCGUAUGCUGUCAUCUGGCUUCAGGAGGGAAAGAAGGGGAUGAGCUGAAAAGGAACUCGGACGCCAUGGAGAUACUCUCGAGAACCAGCUUCCCUGGAGGUCCUCCUCUUCAUCUGCCACAAAAGAUUCUAGACCAUGACCGAGUCAUCUUGCUUGGUGAUCUGAACUAUAGAAUCUCUUUGCCUGAGGCCACAACAAGAUCCUUGGUGGAGCAAAAGCGAUGGAGCAUGUUGUUAGAGAAAGAUCAGCUCAAAGCAGAGGUCACCGAUGGCAGGGUGUUCGAAGAUUGGCAGGAAGGUGCCAUCGCAUUCUGCCCCACGUACAAAUACUACCCCAACUCCGACAAAUACUAUGGAUGCAUGCCAGGCCGGAAAGGCGAGAAAAGGCGAGCUCCGGCAUGGUGCGACAGAAUUCUCUGGCACGGCGAAGGAAUGAAGCAAAAGCGCUACGACCGAUGCGAGUCGAGACUGUCGGACCACCGGCCGGUGCGAGCAGUCUUUGCCGUUGACGUCGAUGUGAGGAGGAGUUGGAACUCGCUAGGAAGCUUCUUCUCGUCGGAAAGAUUUCAUCUGCCGACAGAGCAAAGCCAAUUAUUGAUGGACGAUGAGCACACAAGUGAAGGAAGAACAAGCAUCCACAUUUAGAUCUCACUGUUUGCAGCUGUAGCUACUUCACCUGAUGCAACCAUACAGCUUGGUCUUGCCAACUUUGCUCGCUGUGGCGCAUUAUGAGAGACAGCGAGAUUUUGGGAGCAUCUUUAUCUCUUCCUAUAUAUAGAUAUAGAUAUAUAUAUAUAUAUAUAUAUAUCUAUCAUCAUUAAGGUUUUUGGUUGUGUGCACAUCAUAUUGUUUUUAAUUAAGGAGAGUUCUUUUCUCCUUCCAUUUGGGGAGCUGAAAUUUAUGUGCGUU